AUGCAUCUUUUCACUGUUUUGGUGCUGUCCAUGGCAGCUUUUGGCAUUGCAAGACCUAGUCCGGAUGUCUACAGAGAACCGACGCCAUUCGCUACGUUAUACAUUGGCCAGGGACACUGUGAGGAUGGAGGCGACCGCAGGCUGAUACCCUUUGGCGAAAGUGACUCUGAGUGUAUAGCUCUCAGCGUCAAAGCUGGUAGCGGCAUUGCCGAUUCCCUCUCUACCAGCGUGAACAUGGCCUGCAUAACCUACAACGACGCGGAUUGCAAGGAGAAGGCCGACACUCUCAUCAUGAAGCCGACGUCUUGCUGGAACUUCUCAGACUCCGUCAGGGCGUUCAAGUGCUUCGUCUAA